AUGUCUAAAUUAAGAGAAAGAUUAGAUCAGCGAAAGCGAGAACGAGAAGCUAACCAGAGCCUGUUUGAAUCCUGGUUCUCUAGAUCCCCAUGGCUUACAACUCUAAUAUCCACCUUGACAGGACCCCUGCUUAUUUUUAUAUUGCUCCUCACCUUAGGUCCCUGCAUUUUAAAUCGAGUAAUAACCUUUAUUAGAGAAAGAGACACAGCAGCCUCCCCCCUGAGCCCCAUUACUUCCCAAUGCUGUGUCCCCCAACUUGCCUUCUUCCAACACCACCUUCCAAAGGCAUUUCCACCAAGGAAAAGGAAUCAUAUAGUUGCUAUCCAGAACCUCCACUCUUUUGAUUCCUUUGCUGAUGCAAGUAAGGAUGAUCUGUUUCCUACUAGCACUGGAUAUAUCUGUAUAAGACUUCAACAGAGAAAUGGCAGGAAGACCCUUACUACUGUCCAAGGGAUCACUGGUGAUUACAAUAAAAAGAAACUAGUGAAGGCAUUUAAGAAGAAAUUUACCUGCACUGGUACUGUAUUUGAGCAUCCAGAAUAUGGAGAAGUAAUCCAACUACAGGGUGGCCAGCACAAGGAUAAUAUGUCUUUCCUGGUUGAGGUUGGACUAGGUAAGGAAUACCAGCUGGAAGUUCAUGGGUUUUAGGUGCUUUUGGCUCACUGAAGCUUAUGGGAAGAUUUCUUGCAAUUAGCAGAAUUUCCCUUCUGUUCCUUGUCACAAGUUUAAAAACAAAUUUUAUAGCUUGUAUAACAUAACCAUUUGGGGUCUGCUUUUAACUUGGACUAGUGUAACUCCAUGCAAUAAACUGAAAAGUGCAAGAAAAAUGUCAGUUGAUCCAAGUUAAUUAUAUACACACCCAAUAGCACAGCCCCAAAAUAUGUGAAGCAAACAUUGACAGAAAUAAAUGAAGGAAUAUAUCAAAAUAUUUGGACAAGUUGGAUGAGGAAAUACACAUCUUGUAUAACAGUCCUGAUUCAGGCCUAAUGUGAGAACAGCAGAACACAUGUUCUUUUCAGGUGCAUAGGAAAUGUCCAGGAUAAAAGGCCUAAAAACAAGUCUAAUAUACUUUUUAAAAAAUUAAAAUCCAUGUAUCUUCUGCAGUGAAAUGGAGCUCAAAUUAGUAAUGGGUUAGCAGGAAAAUACAUACAUGUGUAGGUUAAUAAACAAUCUGAAUCAAUGGCCUAACAAUUACAAAGGAAAUUAGAAAAUAGAGGCAAAUGAAAAUCAAGCAUACCAACACUUCUGGGAUGCAGGGAAGGCAAUGCUUUUGGGUAAUUAACAGUAGUGCAACCCAACAUUAGAAUAACCUAUAUUAGAAAAGAUAUAUUCAAGUGAGUAAACUAAUGUUACAUCUUAUGGAAUGUGGAAAACAAGAAGAUACUAAACCCAAAGUUGGUUAAAUCAUAUAGAUUAGGUUAAAUGAAAUAUAUAAUAGAAAAUAUAUAAUAGAAUAUAUUUCAUUAUAUAUUACUAAAAGAUUUCAAUAAACUAAAAGAUGGUUUAUUGAAAAUUUGUACAAAAAAAGCUCAGCAUGGAGUGAUCAUAAAAACAGAAGAUUCAAGUAACUAAAUUAGAAGUGGGAGGGAGAUGGGAAAAAAUAUGGCAGUGUGAAAAGUGAGGCAGAAAUAUCCAAAAACCACAUGUAGUAUGAAAAUACAGCAAAUAGAAGUGUUCCUAAAGAAGUGAACAUAAGAUUGCACCAGCUAGUCUAUGUCUGGGAAAAGAGAACAGAAAAUCUACAUCAUAUAAAAGGGUAAGAUAACAAAGCCACAACCCAACAGGACCCAAACACUCACCCCACCACAGCUCACCAGCAGGAGGAAGAGAAACAGCAGGAAGGGAGUAGAAAACCAGGACUGCUAAAUACCCAGCCCUAGAAAUCUCCAGAAGCACAAACCCAUAUUGCAUGGUGCUCUGGAGAUCAGAGGGAUGGAAAAGCAAAGUCAGAGACAGGUUCCAGUCUCUUGUGGAGAAAAGGUUCCUACAACUGGCACCUCUGGGAAAAAAAAGAAAUUUGGGCACUUUGAAAGAAUUCCCAACAGUGAGAAGGCUGCAAAAGGGGCAAGGAUUACACCAAAACUGCUCAGGAGAAGGAACAAGUGGAAAAAUGAUCCUGGCACACUUAGCCCAGCAGGUUGGAAUAUUUCAGGAGCUUCAGGCACUCCCUCCCCCUGGCUGGCAAUACUGCACUAAGGUACCUGACCACAAUGAGAAGCAUGCUGCUCCUUCCUCCCCUCUGGCUCCUGUGCACAGACCUGCAAGACCUGUCAUUGUGCUGGGCCAGCUGGAGAGCAAUCCCGCCUACAGCAACUACAGCAGCUUAAUGCAGAGGCUGCACUUUGUGCAUGCAGCUAACUGGCCCUGACAACAGAAGCUGGCACGAGUGCCACUCACCUUUGACACCUGCUAUCACUCCAGGCCAGCCAGAGGGCAGCCCCACAGAUAAUAGCUUAGGGCCUUAAUGCAGAGGCUGCCCCCUGUGCAUGGCUCACUGACUCUGACAGUGGAGGCAGGCGCUGCAGCUGGGAAGCAGAAAAGAGCUCUGUCCUCCCAGCAGACUCUGGUGUUGCUUGCCUGAAACGUCUGCAAUCACUUCAGGCCAGUAGGUGGGCAGCCCUGCCUAUGGCAGGUUAGGGGCAUAACUCAGAGGCUGCUCCCUCCAUGUGGCCCACUGUCCCUGACAGCAGAGGCUGGCACUGUGGACAGGAAGCAGGAAAGAGCUUGCUCUCUAGGGUAAGGAACUGGUACUGAUCACCUGCAACCAGUACCAUUGCUCCAGGUACUGGGCAGCUCCAAAGAGAAGAGCUUUUGGGCACUAAACGGUGCCACCUACACAAACCUAAUAUUUCUCAUUAGCCAACAGAGUUAUGAAAAGGCAGAAGAACCUUGUUCAAUCCAAAAUCCCUCAAACAGAAC